AUGUUGAAAAAUAAGGGUCAUUCAUCUAAAAAAGAUAACUUAGCAGUCACUGCAGUUGCUUUACAAGAUCACAUUUUACAUGAUCUUCAACUUCGAAAUCUUUCAGUAGCAGAUCAUUCUAAGACAAAAGUACAAAAGCAAGAGAGCAGAUCCAAAGCUCUGAAAAGAGAUGCAAAAGCAGUAGUAGACACAGGACUUAAGAAAACUAUGCAGGGCCCCAGAGUGGAAGAUUCAGAAAAAGAAUAUGUUCUUGAUCCAAAACCACCACCGUUAACUUUAGCACAGAAGUUGGGCCUCUUUGAACCUCCCCCAUUGCCACUGUCCGCAGACGAGUGGGAGAAAGUGAAGCAGAGGUCCGUCCUGCAGGGAGACUCCAUGCAGCCAUGCCCGAUAUGUAAAGAAGAGUUUCGCCUCCAUCCCCAGGUGCUGCUUUCAUGCUCACAUGUAUUCCACAGAGCAUGCCUUCAGGCUUUUGAAAAGUUCACCAAUAAGAAAACCUGUCCUCUCUGUAGAAAGAACCAGUAUCAAACGCGAGUGAUACACGACGGGGCCCACCUAUUCAGAAUGCAGUGUGCAGCGAGAAUCCAAGCCCACUGGAGAGGACACGUUGUUCGAAAGUGGUACAGGAACCUGAGGAAAAUAGUACCUCCCAGAGAUGCCGGAUUAAGGAAAAAAUUCUAUGAAACAAAGUUCACAGAAAUCAGUCACCGCAUACUGUGCUCCUACAACACCAACACAGAAGAGCUCUUUUCAGAAAUCGACCGCUGCCUGGCCAUAAAUCGAAGUGUUCUUCAGCAGCUGGAAGAAAAGUGUGGCCAUGCGAUCACAGAAGAGGACUGGCAGAAAAUCCAAAUGCAGGCUCUUCACCGGGAGACCUACGAGUGUCCCAUCUGCCUCACCCCUCUCUCACUCGGCAGCGACGGUCAGCGAGCGGCCAUGGGGAGGCGCCAGCAUACCCGAGAGACGGUCCUCUUGUCCUGCUCACACAUGUUCCACCACACGUGUCUUCUUGCUUUAGAGGAGUUCUCCUUGGGAGACAGUUCUUCUUUCCACACUUGUCCUCUCUGCCGGUCUAGUUACCAGAAGAAAAUUCUUGAAUGUUGA